UCCUCUACCAUCAAGCAAGGGAAAGGGACAAGCAGCCCUUCGGAGAUCUCAAGGGCCUUCUAAUCUUUUCCUCGUUCUCUCCGAACUCACUGCUUUCCCUUCUCUUCUCUUCUUAUUACCCAUUCUCUCUCUCUCUCUCGUUCACCCGUUUCCUUUAUUCCCAUUUCCUUUUGCUUCUUAAAAGAAACGCAUGGCCACGCUUUACUCAACGCAUUGUCAUUCAUUCGCAUCUUCACCCUCUUCUUCCUCCUCCUCGCAACCGUGUCCUUUGUCGUCUAAUCUUGCUUAUCUUCAACGCGUGACCUUCUCUCAGCGUUUUCUCGCUGCCAAGGUUUCUCUGAAAUCUCAACCCCAAUCGCAUCAGACUCCUGUACUCACCCAGCAACAAGAAGGUACAGUAGAAGCUGCUGUUACACCUGUUGAAAAUGGCACUUCUCAUAAGCAGUUGAAAGCUGAAUUGUUGUCUGUUACGACUCCGGAAGAGUCUCAAGGUGAAGUAAGUUUUGAAAAGGAUGGAAAUGAGUCCAGUGUUAGUAUUACUGUUGUUGGAGCCUCUGGAGACCUUGCUAAGAAGAAGAUUUUUCCGGCCCUCUUUGCGCUUUACUAUGAGGAUUGUCUCCCUAAGCAUUUCACCAUCUAUGGUUAUGCGCGGAGUAAGAUGACUGAUGCAGAAUUGAGAAUUAUGGUUAGCAAGACCCUCACUUGUAGAAUUGAUAAGAGAGAGAACUGUAGUGAAAAGAUGGAGCAAUUUCUUAAAAGAUGUUUCUACCAUUCUGGACAAUAUGAUUCUCAGGAAAACUUUGCAGCACUAGACAAAAAGCUGAAGGGACAUGAGGGUGGGAGAACUUCUAAUCGCCUGUUUUAUCUUUCAAUUCCUCCUAAUAUAUUCAUAGAUGCUGUAAAAUGUGCAAGCUUGUCAGCUUCUUCUGGUAAUGGAUGGACCAGGGUCAUUGUUGAAAAGCCUUUUGGUCGUGAUUCAGAUUCUUCAGCUGCAUUAACAAAAUCACUCAAGCAGUAUCUGACAGAAGAUCAAAUUUUCAGGAUCGACCACUAUCUUGGAAAAGAGCUUGUGGAAAAUCUUUCUGUUCUCCGAUUCUCAAAUCUCAUUUUCGAACCGUUAUGGUCGAGGCAGUAUAUAAGAAAUGUACAGUUGAUAUUCUCAGAAGAUUUUGGCACUGAAGGACGUGGCGGGUACUUUGACCAUUAUGGCAUAAUACGAGACAUUAUGCAGAAUCAUUUACUUCAGAUAUUAGCCCUCUUUGCUAUGGAAACCCCUGUUAGUUUGGAUGCGGAGGAUAUUAGAAAUGAAAAGGUCAAAGUUCUUCGUUCAAUGAGACCCCUGCAACUUGAGGAUGUGGUUAUAGGUCAGUAUAAGAGCCACACAAGAGGAGGCGUUACAUAUCCAGCCUAUGUCGAUGACAAAACUGUACCAAAAGACAGUUUAACUCCAACAUUUGCUGCAGCUGCCCUCUUCAUAGAUAAUGCAAGAUGGGAUGGAGUACCUUUUCUGAUGAAGGCUGGGAAAGCAUUACACAACAAGAGAGCUGAGAUACGGGUACAGUUCAGGCAUGUGCCAGGCAAUUUGUACAACCGAAAUUUUGGGACUGAUCUUGAUCGAGCUACAAAUGAACUUGUUAUAAGAGUUCAGCCUGAUGAAGCUAUUUAUUUGAAGAUAAACAACAAAGUACCUGGUCUGGGAAUGAAGUUGGACCGCAGUAAUCUAAAUCUUCACUAUGCAGCAAGAUAUUCAAAGGAGAUUCCAGAUGCUUAUGAGAGGCUACUUCUGGAUGCCAUUGAAGGAGAAAGAAGACUCUUUAUACGUAGUGAUGAACUGGAUGCUGCUUGGUCACUCUUUACACCUGUACUGAAUGAGCUAGAAGACAAAAAGAUAAUUCCAGAGUACUAUCCUUAUGGUAGUAGAGGUCCUGUUGGUGCUCACUAUCUUGCAGCCAGAUACAACGUACGGUGGGGUGACCUUGGGACUGACAUAGACCAAUAACCCUCACAUGUUACAAUUGUGAUCAGCCUCGGAUGUUAGCCAUGCUAGUUUUGUGGUUUCUUGUUGGAGUGGCAGGUCUUUUUCAUCAUACUAUUGGCAUGGUUACAUCCUUGGUGAGAAGACAGGUACUAGGCGCACACGAAAUCAUGUAAAGCAAUAUUGCAUCAAAUUUCAAAGUAGAGUAAUAAAGCACGUAGAUCAUAAUGCAUUUUUUAGAGUUUUUGUUGCUAUUUGAGAGGUGGGAUUGGGACGGUUUGAAUGGAGAAGAUGUUUCCUAUAGUUGGCCAAAUGCCAAUCAAUUUAGUUAGAUAAUGUAUUUUGAUUUUGAAUUUAUAUGCUUAUUGCAUUUUGCUACAAAAUGGGAAAUAUGAAGAGAGUUACAAAGUUGGUAUGAAUCAGUCAUACUCACUUGUAAUCAGUCCAAUUGAAGGUAUUGUACUAUUAUAAAAAGAGUUUACUUUAAUUCAGUCACUACAUUAUAGAAUAUCAUUGAAUUGUGUUACAUGUAACUAGCAGGAGUCAUGCAUAUUACUAAUGUGGAACACUUUUAUUU